CGAAGGUUGGAGUUAGAAGCUGAUGCCUUGGAUGGAUAUACAUGUGAGGAUGAGACUGUGGGUUGCGGAGUGGGAUCGAACAUCCAUACAUGCUCAAAGUUCACGGUGAUAUGACCCAUCUUCAUCUGGGAGUGACUUGUGUACAAUCACUGAAAUCUUCGUCUGCAUCCAUGGCUCCUCUCAGCGUUCAAAACCUCCGAAUCCCACCUUUGGAUUCUCAAUUUCUUGGUGAAACCCGUUUCAGUCUCAUCAAUUCUCCUUGCAAACAAUCUUUCAGAAUUCAGAAAGCGCCAUCUACUUCCCGUAACCUAAAACCCACGGCCAAAUUCAACCUCUCGGAAGUCAUGGGGGGUAGAGGACUCUGCAAUGGAGAGCGGGGCCUUCAAUUAGAGCUCCAGAGAAUGGUUGAAAUUUCAGAAAAUACAGGUACGUCUUCCUCAUCUUCUACGGUUACUGUUGUGUCGUCGUCGUCAUCAUUUGAAGUUCCAGAAAAUGCUUUCGAGAAGGAGUUAUUGGGCCUUACCGGGGGAUUCCCUGGCGGUGAGAAGGGAUUGAAGAACUUCAUUGAAAAACAACCUCCAAGAAAUGGGGAUUCUGAUUCUGAGCCUCCGGUUCCGUUUCCAAGCUCAAAACCCAAACCGCCAGAAUUACCCCUGUUGAUGCCUGGUAUGAUCGCCAUCGUCAAGAACCCAAACAACCCAUUUUACAUGUAUUGUGGGAUCGUCCAGAGAAUUACAGACGGCAAGGCCGGAGUUCUCUUUGAAGGUGGGAACUGGGAUAAGCUUGUCACCUUCCGCCUCGAUGAGCUCCAACGGAGGGAGAAGGGUCCUCCCAUGGUCAAUCCCAAGUCUGCUGUCCUUGAGUCUAUGCUUCCAAAGGAGUCAUCAUCACCAUCAUAAUAAGUACAUCUGUACAUGAUUCCUGCCUGAUUUAUGGGACCGAGAAUUCUUCUCCCGAGUGUCUUUAUGAUGUUUUCGCGUCUUCCUCUCUGUUUAUGUUGCCUUUCUUUCAUCUACUAUACUACCAAAUUUAAGUGAUCCCUCUGUCUUCCAUUUCUCAAUAGAGAUAUCAAUUUAGCAA